CCAGGGUAUCGCUGUGUGUCAUAGCUGUCAAAUGACAGCAGGCAAUAAAAGGCAGUCGGGGAUUGAAGCGCAAGCAGAACACACGUGUGGAUUCCUCUUGUUCCGAAAUACAACAGUUGGCGACGAGGCUGAACCAGUUCAUGGAAGAGGAAAAGAAAAAAAAACAGUGUUUGUUCAAGUCUACCCGUAGAGGAAAAGUUUAUCAAAAUGAAUAAUCCGACUCAUAAUGUCUACAUUGAACCAUACAACAAAGAAGUGUUAUCAUGGAAGAGAUGGGUAAAACGGUUGGAGACAGCAAUGGAGAUGAUGGAUUUGCAGCCGGAGAAAAAGAAACCAGUGCUCUUGCAUUACAUGGGUAUGGAAUGCUACAACACCCUGUGUGAUUUAGCCUUACCCAAAGAACCGGAAGGUUUGACCUACCAGGAAGUAGUGGAUAAAUUAACUUCCCAUUACGAACCCAGACCAUUGGAAAUGGUAGAAUUGUUCAAAUUUUGGCAACGAAAACAGCAAGAAGGUGAAACGGUUGCGGAAUACGCCAAAGUGCUCCAGAAAGAAGCAAGAUUUUGUGGGUUCGCCGAAUACCUGAACAAGGCGUUAAGAAACCAAUUUGUCUUCGGAUUGCAAAACAAAGCCAUGCAAACCAGGCUGUUGGAAGAGAAGGAGCUUACAUGGGAAAAGGCAACCACAUUGGCAUCAGCUAUGGAAGCAACGCAACAAGGAAUAGGCAUUGUGAGACAUGAAGCAGCCGCAGCCGAAGUGAAGUUCGUAGAAAAAUCUCAGAAGCCGGAGCUAAAACAAAAGAACUACAAGCCAGCAUCGCUGAAAUGCUAUAGAUGUGGUAGUGAUGGGCACAUGGCAAACAUGUGCAGACAUGCCACUACUACUUGUUUAAAGUGCAAAAAGGUUGGACAUUUGCAGCGUGUGUGUCGAAACAACACGAAGAAAAAGGUUAAUGUCGUCGAGGAAAUUCACGACAGCGAGGAGGAAGAAGAAGAGAUAGUAUAGAAUACUGCGGGUAUGUAAUCGACAAACAAGGAAUACAUAAGAUGGAAUCAAAAAUAGAAGCCAUACAGAAGAUGCCAAGGCCAAAAGAUCAGGAUCAAGUGCGUGCUUUUAUGGGACUAGUGAACUAUUAUGGAAGAUUUUUGCCGAACUUAAGUACUUACAUGUAUCCAAUUAACAACCUACU